AUGCACGCUGCAUACCGUGGCCACCUCACCACUGCGUCUCUAGACGACCUGACGACAGAUGGUAACCCAGGUGACGCGCUGGUCGGAAGAGCUCACAGCGAGGCACAAUAUAUACACAAAACCCUCGCGCCUGGUGAAAAGGCCAUUGUUGUCACGCUCGGCAGCGUCCAAGGCGGCCACGACCGAAAGACUCUCAACCUGCGCUCGCGAAGCGGGCUCGCCAACAACGCCCGUCUCGCGUCCCACUACCUAGAAAUCCUCAUUCACGGGGCCGAUUGCGGCUCCAAGAUUGUGCAGCUGCCGCUCUGGGCAGACUACAGCGCAGAUCCUCUUGUGGGCAGGCUCGGCCUGGACGCGCCGUCGCAAGUGACGGUGCGCCUCUGGCACGGUCAGGGCACGCCGGCCUCGCGCAACACGCUGGUCAGCAGCGGCACCGUGUUUCUGGGCGAUGACUUUGCCAGAUUCGGCGCUUCGCGCGAGAGCAUGCUGCGGGAGACGACGGUGGUCCUGCUCGACAAGGAGACUAUGGGGUUUGCGGGGACGGUGCUGCUGAGCUACGUGAUUGCGAAACCUUUUGAGGGCCUGGCGGAUGGCGAGCCGGCGAGUUAUACGAGGAAACCUGGUGAUCCCGUGUGGCUCGUUGGUCACAGAGGUCUCGGCCAGAAUACUGCUGGCAAGUCGAAUCUGCAAAUUGGGGAAAACACAGUCACACCUACAGACUUGGAGCCCCAUGUGCAGCUCACACGCGAUCUCGAAGCUGUCAUCUAUCACGACUUUUCCUUGAGCGGAUCCGGAUCCGACGUGCCCAUUCACGACAUUUCGCUCGCCCAGUACAAGUAUGCCGGCGACAUGCAAAACCCGCUGGGUGGUGCUUUGCUCCUCGAGUCGGGCGGCGGCGGCGGCACCGGGAGACCGCGCGCGUCCUCUACCGGCGAGCACUCCGUCCUCAAGGCGAUGCAGGCGCAGGAGCGCUUGCGGUAUACCGUUGACUUUGAUGGCAAAGGCUUCAAGGCGAACAUCCGGGGACACUCGAUCCAGGAUGCGCACGCUACGUUGGAGGAGCUCCUCGCCACUCUGCCAGAGGAAAUCGGAUUCAACAUUGAGAUGAAAUAUCAGCGCCUUCACGAAGCGGUUGAAGCAGGCGUGGCGUCCGUCACCAUUGACAUCAACACCUUUGUCGACGUCGCCCUAGAAAAGCUCCGACGGCUCGCCGGUCGCCGCCCCAUCCUCCUGUCGUCCUUUACCCCCGAAGUCUGCAUCCUCCUCAGGCUCAAGCAGAGCGCGUACCCCGUCCUGCUGAUUUCGAAUGCGGGCAAGCUGCCCCGGGCAGACAAGGAGGUGCGCGCUGCGAGCCUGCAGAGCGGCCUGCAGUUUGCGCGGUACUGGCGGCUGUCUGGGCUGGUGCUGGCGUGCGAUGUGUUCCUGCUCUGUCCGCGGCUGAUUUCGCUGGUCAAGAGCGCGGGACUGGUGUGCGCUUCGUACGGCCUGGGGAACAAUGACCCCGAGAAUGUAAAGAUGCAAGCGGAGGCUGGUAUUGAUAUUCUGAUUGUGGACAAGGUGAAGCUGGUUGCGGACGCCUUGGGCAAGCUGCCGUCGCCGACAGAGUGA